AUGUUUUCCAACAAAUGGUAUAAAGAGUAUAUUUUUUCUAUAGCCUCAGCGCUCCUAGUCCUCCUAAACCCACCAACCUGCAAAAUCUCCUGUAACUACUCUAGCGUCUGUAUCAGCACCAACCAGAUAUGUAAUGGGGUACCCGACUGCCCUUAUGGAGACGAUGAACAGAAUUGCGGCUCCGGUGUAUCAUAUAACAGUGUAGCCAAUCAUAAAGUAGGAGGAGCUAAUGCUGCCCCAGGAAACUGGCCGUGGCACGUUGGUCUACGGUACAAAACAGGACUUUUAUGCGGUGGGUCCAUCAUUUCCCCCAAGUGGAUAGUGACGGCAGCUCAUUGUGUAUAUGGAUCUCGUUCAAGUACUUCUGGUUGGAAGGUUUUCGCUGGGGCUCUGACCCUGCCAAGUUACUCUGAUGCCAAUGGCUAUUCUGUAGAGAGGAUCAUUGUGUUCCCUGGUUAUAAUUCUUCUAAUAAUGAUAACGACAUCGCCCUAAUGAAACUGACAGAUAAAAUUACAUUUAACUAUAACACCCAGCCGGUGUGCUUACCCAAUGCCGGAAUGUUCUGGGAGGCCGGCACACAAUGUUGGAUAUCUGGUUGGGGUACAACCUCUCAAGGAGGUAAGAAAAGGUCCAAGUUUAAAGUUUUUGAAUCCUGGUACAAUGACUGA